UGUUAUUUAUGGAGCAUUUUUAUUUUGUGUGAUUUAGUGAGUGACGCUUUCUCGUUAAAUUAAAUAAUCGCGUUUCAAUUUACUAUCAAGUUUAUGUUAAAAUAUUGUGUGGAGUUCGCUGAGGUUUUAAAUAAAAAGGAAGGAUCUAUUCGUAAACAAUGAGUAAUAUUGUAACGCGGAAAGGGCCCAUAGGGGACGAUAGUAAGAAGCACACAGAUAUUCCUGUAAAAGAUAUGAAAAAGAAAAUGGCUGUUAAUGCUGAAAAAGAAAAACUGGCAGCUGAAAAAAGCGCUGAAAAGAAUACGAAAGCCGCAGAGAAAUCUAGCCAAAGUGACAAAGAGAAAGGUAGCAAAAAGGAUAAAAGCGUAGAUAAAAUAGUAGACAAAGCAGACGCAAAAGAUAAAUCUACAGAUAAAAUUGUAGAGAAGAAAGAAAAACCUACAGAGAAAGCUGUAGACAAAAAGGAUAAACCUACUGAGAAAAGUACCGAGAAAGUUGCAGAAAAGAAGGUGGAUAAAGUAGAAAAGAAAGAUGAAUCAGUAGAAAAAACUGAAAAGAAGGAUAAGCCCGUUGAGAGGAAAGAAGCCCCGGUGGCUCAGGUUGAGAAAACGAAAGAAGACGCUAAAGAAAAUGGAAAGGCGGACACUCCAGACAAGAAGAAGGAUUCCAAGGCUAAACAGAACGGUGCACGAGUUAACGGGGAGCCGGUUGAUGGUGUUAGUUCGGAGGAAGAAGAUGACCAGAUGUUCCCAGAACUUGCAUACGAGGACUCUGAUAUAGAGUGCUUCGAACCUCCGACUCCUGAGGGACCCAGUCGAAGUUAUACCCGCAGAUCACAGGUGAAAACGAGUCGUACGCCUGAAACGCCGCGCCCCGCUUCCGAGAAACAAGGGGACAAGGAUUACGUGCCUGAAGACUCAAAGGAGACGAAACUGCUAAAACUCAAAGAUGACGUAUCUGAUCGUAAACUGCGUUCGUCGGAUUCUCCGAGGAGACAAGACAAAGCAGAGAAGGCAGAACCUAAACAUGACAAAAAUGAGAGUUUGUGCGACAAGGACGACAUUAAUGACAGUAAGAUUGAUGAAAAAAUUGAAAUCUCUAUCGAGGUGGAAAGUGAGGAGGGCACGCGCAAGCCGGACACGAAUUACUCCAAGUCGCGCGUCAAGGUGUCGCCCUAUCGUCGAAGCAUGCGUCUCACCGCUCCCGCUGACCUCACGCAGACUUCGCUGCUCGCCAAUUAUACUGGUAACAACACAACGAUGGAAAUGGACAUAACAGAGCCGUCUCUAAUGAUCGAGGAGGCCUCGACAUCAGAGAGUCCGUACUUGAGUGGUCUACGCAACAUUCGCGGGAGGAGGUCAUACAAACCACUCAAAGAGAUGACUCUGAGGAACAUCGGUGUUAAUACUAGCAUCCGGUCUACUAGUAGUGCUUCAGUUUCAGAAACUCGUCCCACAGGUACUGUGGUAGGUCGUAAGAGGAAGCCGGAUGCGGAAGAAGCGCAAGAGGCCCACGAGGCAAGGGGCAAACGUGCCAGACUUCUGGAACGUUUGGGAGGGUUCACUAGGCCUUUCCGCUUUACGACGUCCGCUUCAGAAAGGCUUUGCGUUGAGAGUACCGCUGAGAUUGUUGGUAUAAACACGGAUCUGCCACUGUCAGCGCCGGUGAUAGCGGCCGAGACUUUCGAUCCUGAGUCCCUCAAACACUCCACUUCGCUCCCAGCUGCGCCUGCGCCUACACAAGCGCACAGGGACAAACGAUGUGCUAUUAUGUAACAACUAUCGCCUGCGCAGGUUAAAAGGAGAUUGUUUAAUGAUUAAUGAUAAAAAAAUUGCCUUUAAUAUUAGAAUAAUAUGGACUUCGGUAAAUCGGUUAUAAAUCGAAUUGAUUACAUUUUGACGGGUUUGAUUCUCGAAAUAUAUUUUCAAUAUUUUUUAUAUGUCUAACGUGUCCCAUGUCCUACAUAUGAAAGCUUUGUAUUAAUUAUCUUAUGUCCGGGUUGUAUCCAAAAUGCGUGAUAUAUACACCGCAGUUUGCAUGAUGGAAUGGACUUUUAAACGAAAAAUUUCGGUUCACAAACUAGCGACUACAUUAGUUUAUCCAUACAUUCUAAACCUUACGUUAAAUUCGAUAUAGAAACCCGGACAUUGUAUUUAGUAAUGAUUUCGAUUAUGCCAUUAAAUCCGUUGAAAUUGUUUGAAUUUAAAAAAUGCAGUUUGUGUGUUUCAAAAAUUGUUUGUCGUGUGCCGUCUUUAUGUAAAUAAUAAAUAGCAGUCACAUGUAUGUCGAACUAAUUUGUUUCUGUAAAAUAUUGAUUUGUCAUAUCUCAAAUUAUUUCCCAUUAUAACCCUUUCAGUGUCAUACAAGUUUUACCAAUUUAUAUGAACAAGUGGAAUAUUCACAAUUCCCGUUACAAUAAAAAAAACAACAUUCUCUUCAGGAGAUUUCAUAUUAUUAUAAUAAAAAAACCAGAAAUUGAAUAUUUAAUAUCAAAUCGAGCGCUAUCGCAACGCUGGCAUUUAUCAAAACUAGCGAAAGCAGUGCGUCUGCGCUCCAUGGCACUAAAAGGGAUAAUCCCACGUGUCAUUUAUUAUACAUUUGGCUGCUACAAAGUUUAGUCUUUUGGUAUGUGAAAAGUUUAUGACCUGCGCUUUAUAUAUUUUAUUAUCAAUACAAUAUUUGGAAAAUAACAAUCACAAAGAUUGUACUUAGAAAAGGAUAAAUAUUUUCGGGUGGAUGUAAUAACAUUAUCCGUUCCUUGUCCAAGCGCAUACUUGUGUCACAAUCUUGUCUCAAUUUUAUUAUGUUCAGCACACGCACCGCAAACCCGAAUUAUUGUAAUUUUCUUCAUCAAUUUUUGUAUAGACAGGUCUUUGUUACCACUAUGGUACGAAGUUUUAGAUUUCGACGUACUACGUAAGUUUUAUUGAUCGACCAUUGUUUGAGAAUCAAUUUUAGUUAUAAUUAAAAUUGAUUCCCGACUCACUAUAGGAUAAGGUUCAGAACUAUUUGUUGCCGCCGUUUCACGGAAAAACACGAUAGUUAAUAUAGAAGCGGCAACAUUUAAUUUUCAACGUAUUUUAGAAAAACCCAAAGCUGAUAGUAAUCAUGUACAAAAUAUCUAAUGUGCAUUUUAUAUAAAUAAAAAUUAAUAUAGAUUUUUUUUCUUAUUUUUACUAACGUAGAUUAGUUUUCUUAGGAAAUAUUUCAUUUACGUCAUUGGAGAUUUUCCAUACUCAAUAAGCGAGCUUCCAUUGUCUGAUCAAGCUAAAUUGAGGUUCAUGAAAUAUCAUCAAGAUAGGUUAGGUUUGCCAUAUACAUGACAAUAGAACCACCGCAAAAGCCUCCACCGAAUUAGAUUUUUUGCCAUAUUUAAAGAAAACACUUUUUCAACGGAUGAAGUUAUGUAUUAUUAUAAACUUAUAAUUAUUUUAGAUAAUUUUAA